AUGGAUACAGUUUCUACUCCAGUUGCUGAGGGUCCUCCAGAAGAAUCAAUAAAACAAAUUGGGUGUUCUCAUUAUAAAAGGAAAUCAAAAUUUGUUACUCCAUGUUGCAUGAAAGUGUAUACAUGUAGAUUCUGCCAUGAUGAGAAGGAAAAUCAUGUUAUCAACAGAAAAGAGGUGACAGAAUUGAUUUGCAGUUUAUGUGAUACUAGGCAAAAAGUUCAAGCAAAUUGUGUGAACUGCAAUGUAGGCUUUGGAAAGUAUACUUGUUUGGAAUGUAAUUUGUUUGAUGAUGAAGAUAAAAAACAGUUUCACUGUGGUGGAUGUGGCAUCUGUCGCAUUGGUGGAGCUGACAAAUUUUUUCAUUGUCCAAAAUGUAACAUGUGUCUACCUGUACAGCUGAAGGAGGGCCACAAGUGUGUUGAAAAUGUCUCUAGAGCCAACUGUCCAGUAUGUCUUGAUGAUAUUCAUACCUCAAGAAUUCCCUGUCACAUACCGCCUUGUGGCCAUCUUCUCCAUCGUACUUGCUUUGAGCAGUUACUGAAGGCUGGUCUUUAUGCCUGUCCCAUAUGCCAGACUUCCUUAAUGAACAUGGAACAGCUUUGGAAGUACUGGGACUCAGAAGUGGAGAGUACUCCUAUGCCUCCUGAGUAUAGUAAUUGCUAUGUUGAGAUUCUCUGCAAAGAUUGUCAUAAGGAAAGCAGUGUUAAGUUUCAUGUUGUAGGUUUCAAGUGUACUCAUUGUGGAUCUUAUAAUACUUGCAGAGUUAAAGGACCCAUAACAGUGAGGGGCUACCUAAGGACUGCCAUAAGAUAUUUUGCUAGGUUUUGCAAUUCUCUGAUAUCUGUGACUAGAUAUAUUUAUUCAAAUUUCCCAAUGUUAUCAUUAGGAAAUGGCGUUGAGAUGAAUAUGGAAAAUAUGAGCUUGAAUGAUGGUCAACCAGGAGUAAGUGCAGAAGACGAGAUCAAUGAAGGACGUUUAUUGUUCCCAUAUUUCAUUACCUAG